AGCGCGGCGAUGCCCUGCCCGGCCGCCCGCAGCCCUGUGAACAUGUGGCGGGGACCCGCGCUCCCGCUGCGCGCGUCCGGUGGCGGCAGCGGCGGAGGCAGGUAACCCCCUCCCUCCCCCUGCCAAUAUCCCCAGAUGUGCCCCGGAGCGGGCCAUGGACUGCCUCCUGCUUUUCCUGUGGACUUUGCCCGUCGCGGUUGGCAACUGCACCUCCAUGCCCUCGCUCACCCUCUUCUGGCUGGGCAGCCUCGCGAAGACUCUCCAACUGUGCUGCCUCUCCUGGGUGUCGUUUGCCUCCGCCUUCACUGGUGACAGCAGCGGCAUCAGUGGAUUCAACCAUGAUUAUACCUUUGUCAUUCCUGUUGAGGUGGACUCCAGUGGAUCAUACAUCUCGCACGACAUUUUGCACAGCGCCAGGAGGAAAAGAUCGUCCCCAAGCUCUAAGAGUUCCUUGCACUACCGGUUUUCAGCAUUUGGACAGGAACUGCAUUUGGACCUCAAACCUUCGGACCUUUUUAGCUACAGUUUUACUGUCCAGGUACUUGGGAAAGACGGCAUCGCAGAUUUUCAAGAACAGCAAGUUGAACCGUGUUUCUAUCAGGGAUUUAUAAGGAACUAUAGCUCCUCUUCAGUAGCGAUAUCUACAUGUGUAGGUUUGUCAGGUUUGAUAAGGACACAGGAGAAUGACUUCCUUAUAUCUCCAUUACCUCAACACCUAGCACAGGAACACAACUACACGUCACCCGCUGGACACCACCCUCACGUAUUGUACAAACGGACAGCUGAAGAGAAGGUUCACCGGUACAAAGUAGAUCCAAACCCCCAUCAUUUUGCCCCUGGCCAUGACAGAAAUCACACAGCCCACAAGUUUCACGUUCAAGCGAAUGAUUACCACCACGGAAGGUUUCAAAAGCAGCAUUUUUGUGGACGUCGCAAGAAAUACACACCUAAGCCACCCACAGAGGACACAUUCAUUCUCUCCGAUGAAUACGGGAGCUCAGCAAGAUUGAAAAGAUCCCCCAUUAAAAGCCAGAAAGGCGGCAGCUUGAAUGUUGAGACUUUGGUUGUGGCUGACAGGAAAAUGUUGGAGAAACACAGUAAGGAGAAUGUCACCACAUACAUCUUAACAGUGAUGAACAUGGUCUCCAGUCUUUUUAAGGACGGUACUAUCGGGAGUGACAUCAACAUUGUGGUUGUGAGUCUUCUUCUUUUGGAACAAGAACCUGGUGGAUUACUGAUCAACCAUCAUGCGGACCAGUCACUAAACAGCUUUUGCCAGUGGCAGUCUGCUCUGGUUGGAAAGAAUGGGAAGCGUCACGACCAUGCCAUCUUGCUUACUGGAUUUGAUAUCUGCUCCUGGAAGAAUGAACCAUGCGACACUUUAGGUUUUGCUCCCAUCAGUGGAAUGUGCAGCAAAUACCGCAGUUGUACCAUCAAUGAAGACACUGGGCUUGGCUUGGCAUUUACUAUUGCCCAUGAAUCUGGACACAACUUUGGCAUGAUCCAUGAUGGAGAAGGGAACCCUUGCAGAAAGGCCGAAGGUAACAUUAUGUCUCCCACUCUCACAGGCAACAACGGAGUGUUUUCGUGGUCAGCGUGCAGCCGGCAGUACCUUAACAAAUUUCUCAGUACAGCUCAAGCAGCUUGCCUAAUCGAUGAGCCUAGGAAAACUGGGCAAUACGAAUAUCCUGAUAAACUCCCGGGGCAGAUCUAUGACGCUGACACACAAUGCAAGUGGCAAUUCGGAGGAAAAGCCAAACUCUGCAACCUGAGUUUUGUGAAGGAUAUAUGCAAGUCACUUUGGUGCCACAGAGUAGGUCAUCGAUGUGAGACAAAAUUUAUGCCAGCAGCUGAAGGGACACCUUGUGGGAUAAGCAUGUGGUGUCGAAGAGGUCAGUGUGUACGGUAUGGAGACCAUGGUCCUAAACCUGUUCACGGUCAGUGGUCCAUGUGGUCUGAGUGGUCCCAAUGUUCUCGGACCUGUGGAGGUGGCAUAACAUACCAAGAGAGACACUGCAAUAACCCAAAGCCUCAGUACGGUGGAAAGUUCUGCCAGGGCUCCAGUCGCAUUUAUCAGCUUUGCAAUGUUCAGCCAUGUGCCUCUAACAGCCCUGACUUCCGUGCCCAGCAGUGUGCUGAGUAUAACAGCAAGCCUUUCCGUGGAUGGUACUACAAAUGGAAGCCCUACACAAAAGUGGAAGAGGAAGAUCGCUGCAAACUCUAUUGCACAGCAGAAGAUUUUGACUUUUUCUUUGCAAUGUCCAGCAGAGUGAAAGAUGGAACUCCCUGCUCCCUCUACAGAGAUGAUGUGUGCAUUGAUGGCAUUUGUGAACAAGUAGGGUGCGAUCGUCGGCUUGGAUCCAAAGCCAUUUUGGAUGCUUGUGGAGUUUGCAAAGGAGACAAUUCAACAUGCAAGUUCUUUUCCGGCCAUUACUUGACCCAGCACAAAGCGAAUGAUUAUUAUCCAGUUGUUACAAUUCCAGCAGGAUCCCGCAGUAUCGAAAUCCAGGAAUUACAAAUAUCCAGCAGCUACCUAGCUGUCCGCAACCUGAACAAGAAAUAUUAUCUGACGAAAGACUGGACAGUUGACUGGCCGGGAAAAUUCUAUUUUGGUGGGACAAUGUUCGAUUAUCAGCGUUCAUUUAACCUUCCAGAGAGACUUACUGCUGUUGGGCCAACCAAUGAGACGCUUGUCUUUGAAAUCUUGCUGCAAGGCAAAAACCCAGGCAUUGCUUGGCAGUACACGUUCUCGAAAACGAUUGACGAGAACAAGAUCUCCACCAAAGGACAUAGCUACCUGUGGGUGACGGUGCAGUCAGAUUGCUCAGCUACAUGUGGUGGGGGGCACUUAAUAGCAAAAGCCGUGUGCUUGCAAGAUCACCGCACCCGAGUUAAUUCCUCCUUCUGUGGCCCAAGGACAAAGCCCUUAACAGAGACAAAGAUCUGCAAUGUAAAUCCAUGCCCAGCUUAUUGGUUGGCAGGCGAGUGGAGUGUUUGCAGUCAGUCCUGUGGUGGAGGAGAACAAAGCCGUCAGAUACAGUGUGUGCAGAAAAAGGCUUUUCAGAAGGAGGAAACCGUAGCCCAUGCUUUCUGCCCUGUAACUACUCCAGCACAAAUACAGAUGUGUAACAACCAAGACUGCCCACCAGAAUGGAGUCCUGGUCCCUGGUCUCAGUGUUCCAAAACUUGUGGAAGAGGCCUUGCAAAGCGUGAUGUUUUUUGCAAAAGCAUGGGGUCUUCUGUGAUAAAAAUCCUGCCAGAGAGUAUGUGCAACGGUGAAACAAAGCCCAAAAUACAACAGAUGUGUGUGUUGGAACGGUGUCCUAAAAAUGAACGUCUCCAAUGGGUGAUUUCUGCUUGGAGUGAGUGUUCUGUCACCUGCGGCCCAGGUAUAAAGAGGCGAGAAAUGCAGUGCAGUGAGAAGAGCAUUGGCGGCAAGCUGAUCACCUUCCCCCAGCGGCGGUGUCGAAACCUGAAGAAGCCAAAUGUUGAACUGGAAGAAGCCUGCAACAGAGGAGCAUGUCCUUUGCAUCAUGUAUACAACAGGGUGUCAGGAUGGUAUUCUUCACCUUGGCAGCAAUGCACAGUGACAUGUGGUGGAGGUGUGCAGACACGGACUGUGCAAUGCCUUCGGCAGGGUCAGCUGUCAACGGGAUGCUUGCCCCAUCAGAAGCCAGCAAUAUCAAGAGCUUGUAAUACUAACUUCUGCCUGGCUCCAGAGAAAAGAGAUGAUCCUUCUUGCAUGGACUUCUUUACAUGGUGCCACCUGGUUCCCCAGCAUGGAGUUUGCAACCACAAAUUCUACGGCAAACAGUGCUGCAAAGCAUGUACACGGAAGAACUUAUAAGAAGAGCUUUCAUCUGACCUCUGGACAGCGAGCACCUCUCUUUCAGUUACUGACAGAAUUUAGUAUCUCAUUAGGCCUUCUGGAACCUUGCAUCAUGUACAUUUCCAAUGGAAGAGACUUGGGUUCGUAGAGCAAUAUUUGCUGUGGUACAAUGUUUGAUGAACCAGGGGUGUACAGAAACUGGGUUUUUUUAACCAAAUACACAGGGUAUUUAAACUUUAGAAGGCUAGGGCAAUAUUUAGCCUUCUUCUGAAUCAUCAUUUCCUUGUCUUCUAUUAUGAGUGAAACAGCCUAUCUUCUUGUUAGUGGCCAAAGCAGGUCUUUAAAAUGGACUGGCACAUUUGGCAUGGUGCUCCUAGUUUGUUCAGUGCACUAGACCUCCAACAGAGCAGUGUAACAGUACGAUCUAUUGAUAUGUUGGUCAUAUUGGCUGCCAUUUGCACAUCCCACCUCAACAGGACAACAUAUAGGCUUGAGAAAUUAAAUUGGUGGCUGAUGGUAUGAUGCGUUGCCGUAGAUGAUGCGGGUGUGAUAUGAUCAACAGUGAGCUCAUAUGUUGCACUCUCAAAAUAAAAGGUGCUUUAUUGUGUUUUACUUGCUGCUGGGAAAGCAAGUGUUGCAUUAUAGUAGAUGAAUUUUUAUUUUAUGUUUGCCCUUUUCUGCUUUAAUUAGUAAGGUUGCUUCCAUGGUAUCCAUUUAGUCUGGCAUUGACAUGAUCUGUUCACUCAGUUUUAACAAAGACUCCAAAUGACGUCAUUGGCAGCCUGUUGCACCCUGCGUUUUCACUGUUGCCCUCUGUCUUUUUUCCUGAUUUGUGGCGAUUAAAAAAAAAAUUAAAAUGCAAUCAUAUUAGCAUUAUAUGUAAAGCAGACAAUCAAAAUGCUCUGUUCUCCAUUCUCCAUUCCUUCUGCCCUUAGCAUAAUUGGUUUUUGUUUUCUCAAAGCUAGCUGUGGCAUUUCUGAAUCAAUUGUUAAUUGGAAGGGGAUUGUCUGAGGAAGCUGGAAAUACAGUUUCUCGAAACUGUAUUUUGAUGUUCCACUGUUCCAAGUUCCAGUUUCCUGAUCAUAAAAAUCAAAUUGAGUAGUGAGCAAUGGCUUUGGCUGCUAAGUGAAAUGCAGCACUUAACCCACCCACCCCGAAGAAUUAAUAGUUAAUGUAAAUGAGACUAAUUGCCAAUAAAUAUAGAAAGGUGAGCAUUGCUGGAUCUUUAUUAUGAUGAGUAUUAUAGUAGUACAAGUUCACUGUGGAACCUCCAUUCUGUACUACUUGACCAAGAAACAAAGAAGCAAAUAACUCAGUUCUGGUUAACUCAAUAGGCACUCUUUCAGAUUCCAGCCCAACAGAAUUCCACAAUACAUUUUCUUAAAGCAUUGCUGCAUAGUAUGAGAAAAAGAGAAAACUAAUUCAUGAAAUUGGCACAUUUGCUGUUAUUCCUCAGUGAUAAAAUAAUCAGUGGGAUCCCAAAAUUCCAAGAGCUUCUCCAUACGUUAAUACUGAAUUAAGUUUUAAACAGUCAUGUAUCUUGCAGAACAUGUGAAAAUUACGUUUUGUGGAUGCAAAGCUUGAGUUUUCAGUCAUGAAACUUGGAGACAAAGAAACCCAAUUAAUCCCAGAAAAUUUACAACUGUCUGCACAAAAUCCACAAAUCCUUUUCUACCAAUGAUCAUGUUACUACUAGUUUGAUGAUGGCAAAUUCAACUAAGAAUUCUUUUCCAUGUUCCCGCUUUCCAUUAUACCAUUUUCAGUAAUUUGAGGGACCCAAGCAGCUGAUCAGCUCAGCCACUACUGUACCACUACAGCACUACAAGAGGUGGUAGCUGGCACUAGCUUAAUUGCUAUCCAUCCCAGAAUGGAGCACCAUCAUCCCGAUAGAUGAUGGUCUACUGGUGGUUAGCAACAUCUACCAUUACCAGAACGAGCACAGUGGAAUUGCUUCUGGCAAACAGUUAAAUGGCAAUAGCAGAAGAGGAAAACCACAAAGGUGGGAAGCGUAACCUAUAUAACAUCUAAAAAUGAUUCUGACUGCCAUAGUGUGCAAUCGUAAGUUGGUCAAUAAGAUAUGACUAUGAAAUUGUAAUUGAUAUAGUACACAAUAACAUCCAUACCACUUGAUAUUGUAUCCCUCUAGCUCCACUGACAUUUUUGGCUUUGAAAGCAAUGCUAUGAGAUUAAGUUCAUUAUGUCCUGCUGACAUAUAAGACACAAUGGAAGUCUUGUAACAACAGUUUCUAGGAACUGCAUUGUAAUGUUUCUUGAAACAUUGUUCCAAGUUUCUGAAAACUGGCUUUGUGUUUUCCUUUUCUUUUGUAUGUUUAAGGACGAAAAUGACAGGAUAGACAUGUAUCUCACCAGUCACUUAAAAAAUGGAGAACAAUGACAUUUUCUGAUGAUCACAUGACUAGUAAGCAAAUUAACAUUUGUCUGUAUUCCAGUUGAUUAGAGCUUGAUGAUCUGUGUUCAUUUGACCAUUUUUUCAGUGUUGCUGGCAUUUUUAGACUGAGAAUCCCAAAGAAUUGGAGCACAGCUUGUUUUGAAAGGCAAAACUGAAAACCCGGGAAGAAGAAGAAAAACAUUUAUUUAAUUGCCAAACCCCAUAUGGCUAAGGCAGUGCUGUGCCCUGCUAUAAUUUUCUGAAGAGCGGCUAAAAAUGCCAUUUUUCCCCCUUUUGUCACUUCCACCCAUUUCCACAGCUUCAUUUGAUGAAUGGAGCUCAACUUUAUUGCUUCCUAAAGUAUCAUUUCAAACUAAAAUUAGCCACAUCAGCACUAAUGGCAGGCGGCCAUCAGUUAAAAUUAGCAGUUGCAUUGGCAACAGUUUAAAUGAAACCAAUGGCUGAUUCCGCACACGUUGGAUAAUGCACUUCCAAUCCUCUUUAUAGAUCAUUUGGAACGGAUUUUUUCGUGUGAGGAACAAAAAAUCCACCUCAGACAAUUGAUAAAGUGCAUUGAAAGUGCAUUAUCUAGCGUGUGCAGAAUCAGCCUAUAUGCGUGUUCUGAUUCGUUUACAAAAUUCGCUUCUGAAUGCUCCGUGUCUUGAACAUUGAAUAUUUUAAAACUUUACAGUCAAGGGGAUAUGUUCCUCCCCACUGGAAAUGCCAGGCUUUGUUCUAUAAUUGUGUCUUCUUUUAUUUGAUGUAAAAAUAUUAAUUUAUUAAUGCAUAGCCUUUUUAUUUCAUCACUUGCUUCCUAAGUAAGUGGCAUCAGUUCAGACGAGAAAAGUUACAUAAAGGUAGGGAUUAUGGUGUAAAAAAAAGCGCAACAUAUAAAGUGUACUAUUUAAUUAUUUUAUAAGUUUUAUAAUAAAAUACCCUGUUUCAUUAUGUUUGAUACCCAUACAAGUCUUGA